AACCUAGCAUUUUGGUAGGUAUAAAAAGGACUGUCAGCCCAACCGCCGUCCGCCACCUCCGGCCACCAUCGCUGCUGUAAAACCACCGUCUAACUCCAUGAAAUCCGGCUAGCACCUCAAUACACCGUUAAAAUUAAAAAUCAUGGCAACGGUACAUUAAAACAGUCCAAAAUCAUCAUUUCUUCACCAACAGAAUCCCAGCGUUUAACUCACUAACGCCAUUGACUAAAUACAAGGUCCAGCAGCUCCUUUUUGCUAUUUCUGGGGGUUUCUAUCAGUCGAGGUCACUUCCUGAGUUCAGGUUUCUCGGAGACACACCGUGCAUCGUAAGAAAUAACAGAGUAGUGAUGGAGAAAGAAGAAGAGCUACAUGAAUCUUCUACUCCUUGCUUGCAUUUAGUCUCUGCCUUCCUCGCCUGUGAACCCCCUGAUUUUGUUGUCUCAUUUGCCAGAGAUUUUGGAGGUGGUUCCAUUACGGAAAGAGUGCAAAGUUUCAUAUGGAACGUAUGUAUCAAGAAAUCAGAUGUGAAGUGUAAUUUGCCUUAUUUGAAAAGAUUCUUAAAGAAACUCAUUGUUGAAAUCGAGUCAAAUGGGGACGUUGUUUUGGAUGAAUUGUAUGAAAAGUAUAUUUAUUGUCUGGCUUCUGUGAAGGAUGAUGAAUUGGCAAAAGGAAGCACAAGAAUGUUAAGAAGAUUUUCGUUUCUAUUUCCCAAGGAUUGUUCACAACCCUCGAGUUUUCAAAUAUUUAGGAAAUUGGAAGUCACGUUGCAAUGUUCACUCAACAUGCUUGAAGGUGAUACAGGGUGCUCAAUCUGGCCAUCAGGUCUGUUCCUUUCAGAGUUCAUACUUUCUUUUCCAGAAGUGUUCUCGGACAAAUCUUGUCUUGAGGUUGGUUCGGGUGUUGGAUUGGUUGGUGUCUGUCUAGCUCAGACAAAUUGCUCCAAGGUAAUACUUACAGAUGGUGACUUAUCAACUUUAGCAAACAUGAAUCUCAACUUGGAGUUAAAUCAGCUGGGCACUGAUAUGUUAGGACAUACACAAAGAAACAACACGUUGCAGUGCUUGUAUUUGCCAUGGGAGUCUGCCGCAGAAAAUGAGCUACGUGAAUUCAUGCCAGAUAUAGUUUUGGGUGCAGAUGUGAUAUAUGAUCCACUGUGCCUCCCUCACCUUGUUCGAGUCCUCGCGAUUCUUUUGAAGCGGGAAGAUCUCAACGUAAGUCAUUUAAAUAAUGGCUGCAAGGACUCCUAUCCACCUGACCGGAGAUGUUUUGAGAGUGAAGAAACUAGUUCAGCAGGUGAGCUUGAUAUAUAUGGUGAUCCUCAUGCUGAGCAUUUGUCGCCUGUUGCAUAUAUUGCCUCGGUAAUUCGCACUAUCGACACAUUCAAUUAUUUCCUUUCGUUGGCAGAAAAAGAGAAGUUACUUGUAUCCGACAUCACUGAAACAAUGAAGCCACUUGACUUGCUUCCUUAUGUAAAGUCAUACCAGCGGUCUAACGUAAGGAUGUUUAAAAUUUCAUAUUUGUACAAAUAAGACUAGUAUGUAACCAGACAGACUUAAGUCUGCUGUUUGGAAAUCUCUGGCUUGUUGCCACAGGUGAGAAAAAUGUUCAAGUAUACUAUUACAGGAGGCGGAAGUUUUUUUUUUU